AUGUGGCAGCAAGGACAAAGCGAGAUGCCCCGGGCAAUGAGUGGGCGGUUUUUGUUAUUGGUGUGGUGGACAUUCGUGGUAGUGAUAUUGGCGACCUACUCUGGCAACCUCAUCGCCUUCUUGACCGUCACCAAGGUUACAUUACCGAUCUCGACCCUAGGUGACCUACCUGCGCAGGAUGACUUGAAAUUUGGAACUGUCUUUGGAAGUGCUUUAUGGAACUUACUAGAGAUUUCAAGUACUGGCGCACCACGGAGGGUCUGGGAAGCAAUGGACAAAACAGACCAACCCAAUACAUACGGAGCCGGCAAGGAUCGAGUAUUAAAAGGUGAUUUCGCACUUAUCUGUGAACGAUCCUUCUAUGAAGACGAGGCUGCUAACAACUGCGACCUAACCAAAGUACCAAAGCAGGAAUUCUUCUUCGGUAGUUAUGGCAUUGGUGUGCAAAAGGGAUCGCCACUGAAGGACAUGAUUUCUGAACAAAUCCUCCUCAUGAGUGAGUCGGGCCUUCUCAAUAAGCUCAGCAACGACUGGAUCCCGCGACAGGAGUGCGCCGGUCUGACCUACACAUCAUCCAAACCUGCCAGCCUCGAAGAUGCGCAGGGAGCAUUCAUAGUGUUGGGCUUCGGGCUUGGAUUCGGCAUAAUUGCCAUGAUAGCGGAGAUUAUCCAUUUCCACUGCAUCAAGGAUAAGAUCAAGGGCAAGAAAUUUGGUCCGUUUGUUUUUGGAAGCGAGACGAGUGUUAGGAGCAACAAGGUUGCACCCUUCACUGAUAACUGA